UAAAGUGUAGGACAAAUGAGAAUUUUACAUGCAAUGUAUACCAGUGGAUUUUAACACAUUAAUUGAUGGCUGGAGAGCCCCAAAGAUCAGAAUAAUCCCUGGUUUAAGCACAGUCAGUAGACAGAAUUAGAAAUAUUAUUAUCAUUUAACAAAGAAAAUAACCAAUAAGUUUUUGCAUUUAUUUAUCAUAAUCACUCAUUAUAUAUCACAAUGCACAAAUUUUAUUUAGUUAUAUUUUAGCACCUAUAAUAUUUAUACAUAUGUUCAAAGCUGGCAACAGACCUAGGCCAGGAUUUUGGCCCAGAAGAUCAUGCCAGGUCUUGCAAAUAUACACGGGUUGGUUAGUAACUUUGCAGAUGACACCAAGAUAGCUGAGGUCAUUGACUGUGAAGAAGUUGUAAAAGUAUACAUCGGCAUAAAGAUCAGCUCUAGAAAUGGACGGGCAAAUGGAGUUUAAUCCAAGCAAGUAUGUAAUGUUGCACUUUGGGAGGUCAAAUGUAAGGGGAAAAUAUACAAUUAAUGGCAAGACCCUUAACAGCAGUCUGAAGAAGGGUGUCGGCCCGAAACGUCGCCUAUUUUCUUCGCUCCAUAGAUGCUGCUGCACCCGCUGAGUUUCUCCAGCAAUUUUGUGUACCUUCGAUCUUCCAGCAUCUGCAGUUCCUUCUUGAACCCCUUAACAGCAUUGAUGUACAGACGGAUCUUGCGGUUCAAGUCCAUAACUCCAUGAAAGUGGCAACACAAGUCGAUAAAGAGUGGUAAAGAAGGCAUAUAGUAUGCUUGUUUUUGUAUUUGGGGCAUUGAGAACAUGAGACAGGAAGUUAUACUGCAGCUUCAUAGGAAUUUGAUUAGGCAGCAUUUGGAGUUCUGGUCGCCCCAUUACAGUUAGGAUGUGGAGGCUUUAGAAAGGGUGGAGAGAAGGUUUGCUCGAAUAACGCCUGGAUUAGGGGGUAUUAGCUGUAGGGGGAGAUUGGACUGACUUGAAUUUUUUUGACUCUGGAACGCUGGCGGUUGCGGGCAGACCUGAUAGAAUGAAAUUAUGAAAGGCAUAGACGGGGUAGACAGAACCUUUCCUAGAUCACUUAGUGUAUUGGUCAACAGGUUCAAGGUCACGCCCAUCCUGGCUGAUUUGCUCUUCCUGGUCCCCAUGCUUUCCUGCUGAAUAACAUAGCUGGCCACUUCCUAAAUCGAGGUGGGGUUGACCUGUGGUCAUCCACAAAUUGUUUGUAAAUCUAACUAAAUUUAAAUUCUACUGUGAGCCCAGAAAUCAAUGUUUCCUUAUGGCAUCUCAUGCUUCCGAAGGUAUGUGUAGGAAUGUGUGAGAGUGUGAGAUUGCAUGCUAAUGCAUAGGUCUCAGAAACAGUGAAUGACACUUUACAUAAUUGGGAAAUAAAUCUAGAGGGAGGGUGACUGAAAUGACUGAAAUGUUUCAAAAGGACAAUUAGGGGUUGACAAUAAAUGCAGACUUUGCUGGAGAUGCAUGCACACCAUAAAAUAAUUCCUUGAUAUAAAACGGUUCACAUGCAGAUUUAACUAGAUUAGUUAAUGAUGAUUGGGUUUUGCGCCCAGGACCGGCGGGAUGAGUGUCUCUGGGCAGCACUGAGAUAUUGCAAUGUGUUGAGACGAGGCAAGCCUGGCCACUUUACUUCCUGCUUUGCAAGCGAGGUCCUGACCCGCACAUCCCGGCGGAGGGUUUUUUCCUCCGUUUUCGCGAUGUUCACUAUCAGCGAAUCAAGUCCCCCUGGAGCUUUUCUGCUCAGUUGGCAGAAACUUUAAAACGGAAUAGCGAACGCCAGUCGUGAACCAGGCAGCCGCCAGGCAAACUUUGCGACGGGGCACUACAUUCUCCUGAACAUGGCCGCGCAAUGUUAUCUGUUUACAGGAUGCAACGCGCCGUACUGUAAAAGGCUAAAGUGUCGCGGCUGAGACAGGGGAGUCACCGAAGGGGAAACUUUUUGCAACAAAUUAACUCAUUUGCACCACGAAGAAAUAAACAAUCAGCUCCCAGUUUGGCUCUUGUCGCCUUUUCGCUGCAUCCAGAAGCGGGGCAAAGGGAUUGCAUGCGAUUGCAAGAGGCAGGCAAUGUUCGCUCUUCAAUGUGAACUAAAUGCCAAGCAACAUCCUCAAUUUACUGGAGGACAUCCAUCUAUUUUUCAUCAUUUUUGCCAACAGAGUGAGCAUGAAAGGCACUCCAGUUAGUAUGUUGGAAUUUUGCUUUCAAUGGACUGCCUUACGAUAUGCCACAGAGAUUUUAAUCAAGAUGUGAUGCAUCAAUCCAGAUUUCUACUUGAAUAAUGACAAGACUCAGAUGUGAAAUGAGAGUUUAACAGUUUGAAAUCCGCUAUUUUUUAAAAGAAAAUAUAUUUCUCAGGGAACUUGAGGAUUACAAGCCUUUUUUUUCCGAAUCUUGCAAGGAAUUUGGCAAUCUGUUUGUGAUCUCACCAUUGAAUUGCCUUAAGAACAAAUGAUGGGAGACCAACCCCCCUUCAAGUCGAAUCACACCGUCGACAACACAGAAAAUAGGUACUAUUCUCAACAGUCACAAUCCAGUCCGUUGAGUGGGAAUAUGAAUCAUAGCUAUGGAUCUACAGGCAUGGACACAUCUCAGUCUUCUCCAGCUUCACCUUGUUUUCCUUCAGAUUCAAGGGAAGCUGCAGUAGCAGGGACCAUGUCACCAGUUACCAAGAGCCUUAUGAUAGAACCACGAAGACCAAAUAAUUGGCCUCAUGCCAGUGCUGGCAAUCACAUUCAAAUGCAAAAUGACCUUAGUAAUUCCUCAUUGAUGUGGACCUCUGCUGCACAGGGCAGUACACCUGAUGGGUAUUCAUAUGCAUUUCCUUCUCCAGCAAACGACACAUCCUCACAGAAACUGACGAGUGACGUAUUGCACAAGUUAGACUCCUUCACACAGGUUUUUACAAAUCGCAACCUCAGGUUGCAGCAGGCGAACACCGUUGCCUCAAGCCUGCCUAGUCAGUCUGUGGGAGUUGAGAGUGUUCGGGACAGUGCCCUCCGACAACUGUUGUCACAGAAAGUUCCAGAUGAGCCACAGGCUGCCAUACAUUCAUUGCAGAGAUUUCAGCAUGCCCCAACGCAGCAAAUGCAUCAUACCUAUCCGAUAGUGCAGUCAAAGCAACAGUUACAAGCCAUCCAACAUCAUCAUCAGCAGCAGCAGCAGCAGCAGCAGCAGCAACAACAGAUGUAUUACGAGUUGCAGCAGUUGGCCCAAAUGCAGUCACAAUCGCAGCCGAUGUUACAGCACACACAGCCGCAUGUUCAGCAGCUGCAAGCUCAGCAGGUGUUGUCUCAACCAAUUCAGCAGCUACCGCAGCAACAAUAUUUUGUGCGUCAGCAGCAGCCCCAGCAGCAUGUGUCAGUGGCAGACAUGCAGCAGCAGCAGCAACAGCAGCAGCAACAGUGCCACAUGCAUUCAAUGCAGUUCUAUCAGCCACAGCAGAUCCUGUGCCAGUUACAGCAACCUGUGCAGCAACAGAUGCAACCUCCGCCACCUUAUCACAGAGACCAAAAUCAUAAGCCAAUGCAGCAGUCCCAGUACUCCCAAGAACAAACCAACCCUUCUCAACACAUUCAGAUAGCUGCACCCUCUCAGUAUUUCUAUCAGGACCAGCCACACUAUCGGCACAUGUACCAGCAAAAUCCGUUGCACCAUCUGCAAGAGGAAACUAUGCAGCAGAAACAACUCCAUGUUGAAAAUCGGAUACAGACUUCCCUCGGCCUCCAUAAGAGCACAUCUUCCUCAGUGGUCACAGAUGAGACGACAAGGAAGGAACUUAGUCAGAUGGGUCACCCAGGAGUUCCUAUGGUACCCCAAAGACAUCUUGUAGCACCACCCACUGUUUGUCAUGCACCCAUCAAGGUAUCUCAACAACAAUCUCACAAUCAUACAUGGUCUCAGAUUUCUCUGACAGACAUCAAGCAAGAGGACUUGUCCAUUGAACACAGUGGCCAGAGCAGAGUUCCUUUCCAAGAAAAGAUAGAAGUGAAAAGCAAGCUGAUAUGUACAAUAUGCUUCAAGGAAUUCAAGAGCCUACCUGCCCUGAAUGGUCAUAUGAGAUCUCAUGGUGGUCAAAAGACAUCUCCUAAACAGGAUGAAGGAGAGAAGCAGCCUAAAGAGGUGGAUCACCUCAUGCCCAUCAUCAUGCCUGUCUCUGUGCCUGUAAAGCCUCUGCCUGCUGAGCCCAGCAAGCAGACCACCAUUGCCAAGGACAAGCCUACCAACUCUGUGUCAGAUGAUGAGAUGCCAGUCCUCAUGAAGAUGACUGAUUCUCCACCACAAGCUCCCACAGUGGCCCAACCCUGCUCAUCCUCUGAGGUCGUUCGAAAGUGUCAACCCUUCAACCCACAAACAGAAAAUAACUUGAGAUCUCGGCAAGACAAGAAGAAGUAUCGACAUAGGCCGGAGCCUCUCUACAUCCCUCCACCUUUGGGCAACCUUUCUGCUUCGUAUCCUGGAGCUACACUGUACCAAAGUCAACUCCGCUCACCAAGAAUCAUGGCCGAUCACCUGCUGGACAGGACCCAAGAGAUCCCUCCCUACACUCCACCUCCAAUGUUAAGUCCAGUGAGACACGGCUCUGGCCUUUUCAGCAGCGUUAUUUCUUCUUCGCACAUUGGCAAUUAUACAACACUGCCAAUCACCCCUUUAACACCACGUAUCCUGCUUGGUCGAACUAAGAGCAUUGAUGCCACGACAAUAACCGCUGGACUUGGCGAGCACACUAUUGACAUUGAACCGCGAAUCAACAUGGGAAUGAGGUUUCAAGCCAUGAUCCCAGCUUUACAAGACAGGUCACUAGCUGAAAAAGAUGUCUCUAAAGCAGACUUGGUGUGGAAGCCUUGGUGUGAGUUGGAAAACCCAGAAGAACAACAAAAAGUGGAAGAUAUGUUGAACAUGGCUUGCUCUAGUGUGUUGCCAGGUGGUGGGACAAAUCGAGAACUUGCCUUACAUUGUCUUUUUGAGGCGGGUGGGGACAUUUUGAUGGCUGUGGAGAUUUUGCUGAUGAAGCUACCUAAUAAAGCCAAGCCCCAUCCAUUAGCAGACUAUCACUAUGCUGGCUCUGACAAAUGGACAACAAUGGACAGGAAAAUGUUCAACAAAGCUCUGAAAUUACAUAACAAGGACUUCUUCCUGGUUCAGAAAAUGGUAAAAUCAAAGACAGUGGCACAGUGUGUGGAAUACUACUACACUUGGAAAAAGGUCUUGCGAUUAGGUCGAAAGCACCGAACACGCCUUGCAGAAAUGGAGGCGGAGGUGAUGUUUAGUGGUGAAGAUGAAGAAUUGGAGGACGAGGAUGAUUAUGAUAGAAAAUCAGAUCGAGAUGAGGAGAAAACAGAAGUGCCGAAGUCCCCAUUACAGCUUGUGCUGGUUCCCGUGGAGCAGCCAGUCAUUCAAGGGCACACGUUUAUGUGUGAAAUGCCAAAUUGUGGUGCAAUAUUCAGCUCCAGACAAGCAUUAAAUGGCCAUGCACGGAUUCACGGUGGUUCUAACCAGGUCCCAAAGCAAGCGUCUGCAGCUAAACUUAAAACAGGAGGACCCCAGCCAGGCUAUGCAUCUGUCAAAAAUUCUCCUGCACAUAGCACAAGUAGUGAAACAGAUGCUGCUACAAUAUUCCCUUGCAAGGAAUGUGGAAAGAUGUUCUACAAGAUCAAAAGUAGAAAUGCUCACAUGAAAACCCAUAAACAACAGGAGGAUCAGCAGCGGCAGAAGACACAAAAAGCCCUUGGAGCUGCUGAAGUAGCAACAAUAACCAGGCCUGCUUCACCAAUGCUACUUCACCCAGAUCACAUGAGUAUGGUAAAGCGACAAUUGGAAAUAGAGGAUCAUGACAUCAUUCGGGACUUGGAAGAUGUCAUGGAUGAAUCGAAUAUCAUAGAUGGAGAAUUUCUCCAGGAUGAUGAAUUGUAAAUGUCUUUAAAGCAACUUUCAAAAUAACGCGGAAUAACUUUCACAUAGAAUAAGUUGGACAAAACUGCUUUUUGUGUUUUUAAGUCAUCAGGAAGUGCUUAGGCUGGUUCAAAUGCAGUAUGCAGAAGAAUCCCAAGAGAGUUGCACAUGGAUGGAAAUGCUCGAUCCGCUUUUUGCCAUUUAUACCUUUACAUAGGCUAAACACAGCCUCAUGGACUAUUAUUUUCCCUUCCAGCUGCUUGUUUAAAGUUACUUCGAAGCAUUGAAGCCAAACGGGUUUUUUGCUAAAAAGGUUUUUUGUCGAGUGAAAGUUUCAGAAAUUAUAUUGUCUACUUUUCUAUAAAACAAAACAAAAAAAGCUGUAAAUAAGGUUCAAAAUUAUAUAUAUUUUAAAUUGUUAAAUCUGAUUUGUUUACGCAUUUAUUUAACUGCUGUUCCUUGGUGUUAUCUAGCAGGUAUGGUGUAAAUACUUUAUAUCCCAAAAUUCUAUUGCAAAAGCAAACUAUUUUUGAAAGUAAAAGUGUCAAAGGGAGUGAGAGAAUGCAGAUCUUUCAUUCGGGUUGUUUUCUUUUAUUACAAUGAUGUACAGACUUAUUAAAGCUUUAUUUUAUUAAUUUGGGGGUACAGAUUGUGGUCAGAUUGCAUGCCUUUUACUCCAUAAUGUAAUUUAUUUUUGUUAUAUUUGCACUGUAAAUGUUUUUUCAAGUAUGUGAGGAGAACCUUCCAUACAUUUGUAGUCACUAGAGCCAGGAUGUUUCGGCACUAAAAAACUCUGAAAGAGGCAGGCAAAAGGCAUAAUAAAAUUACAAAAAAGGCUUGAAAAGGCAUUUAUUGACCAAAAAAAAAAGGCAUAACAAGGCAUGUAUUUCCACCACCAAAAUAUGGUUAAAAAUGAUAAUAUAAAGGUAUUCUACAUUAAAUGACCAAAGUUGCCUGGUUGACAUAAUUACUAGCAUUUUUUUCCAAAUGAUCUUGUGUUAAACUAUGCGGUCUGUCAGGCAGAAUAUGCUUGUGAAAAACAUCUUUCUACCUCAGCUGAGGUCAUUGGUGCAUACCCGAAACAAGCUACCGACUCUAUAUUCAUGUCAAUAUCUUGUGCAUUACAACUACCUUUGAGAACUUUAGCUCUGUUUUGUAUUUCUUCAAGAUCUUUGUUAGCUAAAAUCACUCUCGCAUUUUCCUUGUAUGUCUUUACCUACAUCGCCAGGAACUUUACGAAUAUCGUCAGUUACUUUGUUGAAAACCUGCAAGUUAUUCACUAAUGUUUUGCCACGUUUCUCAAGGGAAGUGAUAGCUUGAGGGAAGUUUGCAAAAUUGGAAGCAAUAAACACAAGAUUGCAGUGGAGGGAAUUUUUCUGCAUGAUUUCACUGACAGUCCUGAUUGCAGCAGAUUCUUCUUUCUUAAAACAGUUAACGAUUUAUUUUAUCUUUUCAAAAUUUGCAGCACAGUAAGUACAGCAGAGAGCCAUGUACCCCACCUUUGGGCUCUCAGUUUUGCUCUCCUAAUCUGAGGAAAGACAUUCUUGCCAUAGAGGGAGUACAGAGAAGGUUCACCAGGCUGAUUCCUGGGAUGUCAGGACUUUCAUAUGAAGAAAGACUGGAUAGACUCGGCUUGUACUCGCUAGAAUUUAGAAGAUUGAGGGGGGAUCUUAUAGAAACGUACAAAAUUCUUAAGGGUUUGACAGGCUAAAUGCAGGAAUAUUAUUUCUGAUGUUGGGGAAGUCCAGAACAAGGGGUCACAGUUUAAGGAUAAGGGGGAAAUCUUUUAGGACCGAGAUGAGGAAAACAUUUUUCACACAGAGAGUGGUGAAUCUCUGGAAUUCUCUGCCACAGAAGGUAGAUGAGGCCAGUUCAUUGGCUAUAUUUAAGAGGGAGUUAGAUGUGGCCCUUGUGGCUAAAGGGAUCAGGGGGUAUGGAGAGAAGGCACGUACAGGAUACUGAGUUGGAUGAUCAGCCAUGAUCAUAUUGAAUGGCGGUGCAGGCUCGAAGGGCCGAAUGGCCUACUCCUGCACCUAUUUUCUAUGUUUCUACCUAGUCAAAACGGGCUUAGGAGGUAGCGGAAUCUCGGGUGCCAUUUCCUUAAACAACUGCAGACGUGACGGUGCUUUGAGGAAGAUUUUCUUGACAUUGGAAACUAGGCGAUCGACAUUUGGAAACAAACUACGUAUGUGUACGGCAAUUCUAUGAAGCCCUUGUGCUAAGCAUGUCAAAUGCAACAUUUUGGGGAAUAAAACAUUAAGAGCACGAGCAGCUUUUUUCAUGUAAGGAGGUGCAUGAGUCACAAACUGAAGAACAUUCUCGUGUUUUAUACCUUCUGGCCAAAGUACAGCAAGUGAAGAUGUAAACAACUGAGCAAUAGUUGAGCUGUUUGACUUCUCCAAUACUGACCUGCCUCCAGUGUACCGACGACCACAUUGGCAACAUAUCUCCCCACAGCAUCAGCUGUCUCGUCUAUUGAAAUCCAUAUUUUGUUGCAUGCAACUUCAGCACUAAUUUUUUGCACAGCAAUGUUGAAGUUGCUGUCAACAUAAUUUUUCCGUAAUGAUGACUCGCUUGGUAUAUGUUCCUCUGUAUUUCUCUAAAAAAACCUCUGAGAGAUUUGUUUUCCAAUUUCCACAGUGGAAUUCCAGCAUCAAUGAAUGCCUUGCACUGAUCACUCAAACUCAGAUUUGCAACUGAAGCCAGCAGUAAAUGUAGUGAGGAGACAAACUUGGGUAUUUUGCUUGGGUUGUCUACAUCUCAGUGGUAUCAACAUUGACUUCUUUAAUUUUAGAUAGCCCUUGUCUUCUUCCCUCUCCCCCUCACCCUUCCCAGCUCUCCUUCUGGUCCUACUGUCCCCCUCUCAUCCUUUCUUAAUAUUAAUGUGUUAACAUAGAAAAUGUCAUUGUAAUCACGGUACAAUUAGAGAAAAAAGCACAACAUUUUAGCAAAAAAAAGGCUGAUUUAGGCACAUGGCAUUUAUGGCAAAAUCCUGGCUCUAGUAGUCACCUUUCAUCUAUAACUGAAUGAGAUGUAUUUGUCAAAUUAUGAAUGAAGCACUAUGUAUAGAUCAGUGAAUUACUUCACUUGUAACAUGCUUUUAAUUGUACAGCCAAAAAGGAUUUUUGUGCCAUGUUCUUGGGAAGGCUGCAUUUAAAAAAAAAAAUGAUGGCAUCUUUAGAAUUGGCAGUAUUUUUUUGUGAAUUUAGUAUUCACUUUAGCAGGUAGUGCUUGAAUCGUGUACCAGAGGGGUUUUUUUUAAAGAAUGUGAUGGGAUUAACUGA